GGAACUGGUAUUUAAAGUGCGUUCCAUUGAUCAAACAGAUACACAACUAACGCUACUAGUCCGUUGUGAUGUUAACAAAUAUUUGUGAUUGGCCUUUAAAGUUGACAAACAGUUCUACGUUUGUAUGUUUAUUUUGUGAAAUUAAAAUUGACACGUGAUCAUUAUUGAUUAGCGUUUUGCUGAUGGUGAUUUAUAAGAUUGGGAAUCAGACACCAGCCCGCAGACUUCGCGAAUCACCCGAUGACAACGGAUGGAAAUUGUAGAGCGAUAUCAUGGAUGGUAUCGAGUAAAACAACGUAAUGGGAAAAAAACAGGCAAAGAAGAGUGUAGCUAAACGUCCCUUAUCUAUACCAGAAAAACGCACCCGACAGAGGAAUAGUUCAUGUCAGCAAAAAAUUAAUGAUGAUUCGCUACCAUCAGGCGAAGGAAGGAGAAACAUAGAACAUUUGUUCCCCCAACACACUAUAUGGAUUGUGUUUGUGUUGACAUUGUACACGAGGAUAAGUUAUGUUUCUAAAGUUGACAAUUGGUGGGUACUUCAUCCGGACGAGAUAUUCCAGUCGGUGGAAGUUGCCCAUUCCGAAUUUUAUGGAUACGGAUUCAGGCCAUACGAGUACAUGCCGCCGCUAGAGGGCGCCAACUCAACUUCCGUCGGACGAUUGCAGGAGAAUCUGUUGGGAAUGUACAGCCUGCGCUCCUUCUUGUACCCGAAACUGCUGGUGAUAGCACUCCACGUAGCUACUGUUUUUGGGUACACUGGCUCGCCAAUGCUUUUCUGGAAGAUAUUCCAUACCUCUGUGACGUCAUGUUUGCCUUUGGCUGUUUACACCUUCACCAAGAUUCUGUAUAAAUCACGUGAUGUUGCGGUAUUAGCGUCCGUCCUUUCAUCAACAUCUGUCUUCACGUAUGUGCUGGGAACGCACACUCUACUCAAUAGCUUUAUUUCACCGUUCCUAUUCUGGGCACUGGUGCCGUUAUUUAGAUUAUUGGUAGACAAACCAGAAAUGCAUAACUUAAUCACUACGCCGGAAGCGGAAGUCAAUGUUAACAUCUCUGAUAAGUCAAGAAACAUCACAAUUAAGUCAGAAGACAACUUGUCAGCUAGAGAAAAGAGUUCAGAACGACAGGAAAUGGUAGUGGCAAAUCAGAAUCGGACGGGAAUGAAAAAUUACGAACACAGUAAUAAGGAACCGGAAACAAUGGGCACGAUGAAAACGGAUCAUGUAAAUGUAGUGCUUCUGAAAAACGGUAAUGGCGAGUUUGGAAAAUCAAAAACUGUUAACUGUCUCGGAAAUAGUGACAUACCAAAUACAGAGAUUACAAACACGCUGUAUACAUCAAUUCACCUAACCGAAAACCAACUGACCAAUAUACACAAGGGCAUCAUUUACGAAAUUAUACAUCAUUGUACGAAACCAAGUCGGGUAACUGCACCACAUUUAAAAUUCGAGCGCAACACGUUAAAGAGUAGAGACCGGAAACACGUGACCAACUUUGGUGACACCCCGACAGAUUACGACCAAUUAGGCGUAAUAGAUGACCAUAUCGACACGGAUUUCAACCAUAAUUCCCAAGAUCUACACAAACCAGACCGUCAAACACUAGAACAAAGAAACCUAACCAAUAGAAAACAAGGAACUUACGAGAAUUUCCCAGAACGCGUAAAAACUGAUCACAUGACACCGAAUAAUAAUGGAAGUCUGCAUCCGAAUAAUGAUAUACUAGACGUCAUCCCAAACAAUGUUUAUAGCACCACUAAAACUGUUUGUAGAGGGAAUGAAGACCAAUCUACGUCAAAAGAACAGACUGAACCUACACCUUCUUCAUUAGCGUCUGACACCGUGACCGGAAGUCGAAAACGGUCAUCACGUGAAAAAACAGAAAAACAAAUAAAGAAAGAAGCAGUGAAGACUAUGCCUACAGAGAGUCUUGAUUGUGAUAAAUGUCCGUUCGGAACCUCUCUACGGAUGCAACAUUUUACUUGUUUAUUCUCGGGCUUUAUCUUAGCAUUGUGCCUAUAUGUCAGAGCCGAUCUUUUCAUAUUUGUAGCAUUUGCCAUUUUGCCAUAUUUGAAAUGUGUGUGCAACUGUAAAUUACUGAUGUCACAUCCGUUUUUGUUAUAUUGUUUAGGGAUAUUGAUAGGAUUUUCUGUUGGUAUUUUUGAUGAUUACAAUAGUUACGGUACAUUGGUUAUCUCCCCUUGGCAGUGGUUUAGUUUCAAUGUACUGAGAGAUAAAUCCGCGAUUUUCUUCGGUAAAAAGCAUUGGAGUUUUUACUUGUGGGAGCUUUUUGUCCAUGAUGAAGUCAUGUUUGUGUGCUUGGUUGUCAGCGCAUUGACAUUUAUGGCAGUGAAGUGUAACCAAAUUAGUUACCAUGAACAAUACAUGUCAGCUAAUGUCAAGUUAUUUAUGACAUUGUUGGCAGUUUUUAUCACUCAUUCAUUAAAUAGUCACAAGGAGGUAAGAUUUGUACAUGAUUUUAUUGUUUUAUUGUUGAUAUUUUACUCUAGUUUUAUUAUAGUCCUAAUCAAAACAUGUAAAGGAUAUCUAGGUCGUGAUAAAGGUAGUCUGUUAUCUCACAGUAUUGUGUUGGCUAUUGUAGCCUACUUGUACUCUAGUCAGUGGCGAUAUUUCCCAAGUCCAGCUUCUGGGUGGGCAUUCCGGGACAUCAAAAACACCAACCAUGUUAACAAGUGUUUAGACUUUUUACGUCAACAAAAUGACGCCACUGGUGUAUUCUUGGAUACGUCAGUGCACACAACAGGCGGUUUUUCCACGCUCCACAAAAACGUACCACUAAUUGCCUUAAUCCACAACGAGUUUUACGAGUUUGAUGUGGACUCCAAACUCUCGCACAAGUCAACGUUACCAUACUUUAGUCAGGCGGAUAAUUUAUCAUUGACUCUCCUCACACAGAUCAGUGACUUUGUGUCCGUUUAUAACACCCCCUAUCUGCUGAAGAUCCUCAUCAAUAAACCUGUGUAUAACUAUCUAGUCAUGUCGACCGACCGACCAUUUGUCGAUGUUGGGUUCCAGGAGGUAUAUCGUACGGGGGACAUGAGAAUUUUGAAACGUUCGUUAGCUUCUGAUAACGAAGCUAAACUGAAGUCGAUAGCACGCAACAUACCACUUGGCCCGAGCUGUAAGAUACUAGAUUAUGAGGCUAACUGGUUGUUAACUUUUGGUCUGUACGAUAAAGCUGUAAGUAAAUUGUCCUAUUCCCUCUACCUUGACAAAACCAACCUACAAUCUUACCAACUGUUGAGGGAGGUGCGACGUCGUCAGGGUGAUGUCACUGGUGCACGUGAUGUAUACAAAAUGUGUGGUCAGUACCAUGGACACCAGUCGUGUACCGCGCGACCUGGUAGAAUCAUCCUUCACCAAGAGUAUCGGCUUGACGUAAAUAUUUAACCACAAGAAAUUUGGAGUUGUACGUAAAUUGGCGCUAACACACAUUAGUCAAUUUAAACUGAUAAAUGGCAAAGUUUUAAAAUAUGUUCAACUGUACUGUUUAGUUGUAAAUGUUGAAAAUCUACAUCAAAUCGUUUUACGAAUUUUUUUUAAACGCGUGCUUUCCUUUAUUUUCUUUAUUAAAUGUGUGUUUCUUGUUUAUGAAAUAUAAUUUAAGUAUUUUGAUGUAUGAUGGAGAUUAGUGUUAUAUUCACCUCAUCCCCAUGUCACGUGUCAGUUGUAUUCCACUUCAUAUCAGUACUAAUUUUUAUCGUAUUAAUUGCCGUAUUCAGGCAUAUAUUUUUGACAAUACAAAUACAUAUAGACAUGCAUUACUGCUUAUUCUGUCAUCAAAUAACUCUCUGUAGUCCAUUUACAGGUUUGUCGUUUAUAUGAAUUUCAAACGGGUUCAAUAAUAAAAUACUCUUAUCUGAUAGCUUUAACAUUCAUAUAGUUUGUAAUAGGAAAUAUUCUCCACACUAAACUUGUAGUAUUGAUGGAGAAGCCAUACCUUGUUUACAGUCAGUGGUCUGUGUUACACCGAGACACACUUCCCGUCUGGUACUUUGUGUUCUUCAAUGGAUCAAACGUUUUGGUCAUCAGAAAUUUUGA